AUGGAGAAGGAGCACGAACAAAGCGCCGACCAUGUCCGGCUCCUUGUCCUUCGAAGCACACUCAACGAAGUAGCUGCCAGGGAGGAGGACGCGGCCGAAUGCUGCGUCAUCUGCCUCGAUGUCAUCACCGAGCCAUGCAAGGCACUGCCGUGUGGCCAUCGCAACUUCGACUACAUGUGCGUCUCGAGCUGGCUUUUUGAAACGCCGCGAUGCCCCCUCUGCAAAGCCACCGUCGUCAAACUUGUACACGGCUCUGCUCAAGAUCCCGUCACGACCUUACUGGGCCAAAAGCCCUCGACCAGCACCUGCACAACAGACACGACGAGGUCCGCGAGCACAGCCUACUAUGCGCGUCGGGGGAGAUCGGGGUGCAGAGGACAACGGGGCAGACGGUUUCGUAGCGGCGAGCGACCGACGACCCCGUCCAGCGCGGUCGCUGCUCGUCGCGACGUCUACCGCCAUCAGCGAUACUCCAAACACGUCGGGUCUAACCGCCUUUCCCGCUACCGCGAACUGACGCCAGAACUGUUCCGUUCAGACGCAGACCUGGUCUCCCGCGCGAGGAUGUGGAUCCGGCGGGAACUCGGAGUCUUUUCGUUCCUCGCGCCCGACGACGACGACGGGAGCACUUCGCGGCCCGCACCGGCCGGCCCACGGACGGCCGUGCAGCGUCGCCGGGCUAACAAUGCCGAGUUUCUGCUAGAAUACAUCAUUGCCAUCCUGAAAUCCGUGGAUAUCGUGGGAAGCGGCGGCCAGGCGGAGGACAUGCUGUCCGACUUCUUGGGGAGGGACAACACCCAGCUAUUUCUGCACGAGCUACGCGCUUGGCUACGGAGUCCGUUUACGAAGCUUGAGGACUGGGACAGGGCUGUUCAAUACCAUGGAGACGCUGUGAGGAGCGAACCUGAAGGCGAGACGCACAGGCACCGCGUGCUCCGCGAGGGUAGUUGGGGCCGGCGUCGUGGCUGGCGGGCCACGCAAAGGGGAGGAGAGUUCUACCCUCCUGCAGGGCGGCGGGACACGGAGCAGUGGUCUCGCAGAUCGAGACAUAACGCCGAGCGGAAGAGAAAGAGGAGCAGAUCGCCUGGACGGGCGGCGUAG